GCUGUGUCCAGUUCACGACUUUCCUCCCUGACCCCUUCAUUACAGAUCGGAGUCCCAAAAUCGAGGCCGGAGAAUAUCCCAUUUCCAUUUUAACCUACCUUUUGGCCUCUUUUUGUCUCGAAAUACCAACCAGCGCAAUCCUGAAAUCCCCUUGACGGACCGCCGUCCACCGACGCGUUCACGACCAGCCCGCAGCCAACUUUCUGCAGACGACCUCUCCACCCUUCAUGGUCAAACAGAUCUACCUUUUUCCAUGAUACAUACAGGAGGGUGUAUGCGAAGAUGAUCGCGUUGUUCGGGUACUGAAUCAGGAUAUGUCGCGCCCGCCGGGCAGUAAAUUCGCUGAAUUUUUCCCUGCUGCCCAGAGCCUCAUACAACGGAAAUCCUCAACUUUAUCAGAUAUCGACAAAACUCGGCUCAGCCAUCCUGAAGAGCGUGCAGAAGAUGCGCAUGCGAAUUUCACCUCUGAACAGGCUUCAUUGAAUUCCCCUGCUCCGGUACCUAUAUCACUGGCGAAACCGGACACCUUGACCAAGCUCACCAACAACAACCCAACACAAGAAGAGGUGGACCGGUCUUCAGGCGAUCUUCUCAAUGGUGUUGGCUCCGCGAGCUCGUCAAGUACCGCUUCUUCGGUCUUCAGUGCACCUCUCACGACCACCGCAACCAUGUCAGGCACGAAUCAUCUCCAAUUUAGCACCCUUACACCUCUCACAAACUCAGACUCUCCGCCAAAUGGCAAGUUGCUGAGUCCAACCAUCGAAUCGAAUUCUCACAAAUCCGUGAACGGAAUCUCCACCACAUCCUCUCUACAUCCAGGCUCGAUGACUCCGCUCCAUACUCCGCCUGCCCAUCGAAGAUCGGCGAGGGAUACAACUCUUCAAACGAAAGGCACCAAAUGUACCUACGAUCCGGAACUAGAUAAGAACUUGAACUCCAAGGAUAAGCGAAAAAUGAAGGCGCAGUUUGCGGAAUUUGGUGGAAAAGCCGAGGACAACUUCCAGCCUCCCGAUCCACGUCUGGCGAUACCCAACUAUGCAAAAGGCGGAAUAGGCAAAGGAAAGGCCAAAUAUCGUCCUGCGCCGUAUAAUGUGAAGUCAUGGAUGCCUGAUGCUACCACUGCGGUUGCCCCUCCGCCAGCCACCACCGUGGUGGUGACCGGAUUCGACGCGAUGACUCCACUAUCCCAGAUCAGCGCUUUGUUUUCGAGCUUCGGCGAGAUAGGAGACAUGGACAACAAGACAGAUCCGGUUACGGGACGCUUUUUAGGUAUUUGCAGCAUCGAGUAUCAAGAUUGCGCCUCCUUCCAGGGAGGAGGACCAAUCUCUGCGGUCGUUGCGGCGAAGACGGCAUACUUGGAGGGCAAGCGAGGACAAAGAAUAGGCCUCAAGACAGUCCAGAUAGCCAUCGAUCGGGAUGGCUCUGUCACAGACAAAUUGGUCGAGAAAGCCAUUGCACUGCAUCGGAAGGAGAGUGGCUUUACAAACCAACCUCGAACCCAACCGUCGCCCUCUCCGUCCACCCCGACAGUCAGCACACCAACCCCAGGUUUUGCAAAAUCAACAGGUCCACCUCCAACUGCUCCAAAAGGCCCAUCAGGGAAACCGUCCCUACGCCCGCAGCCAAUAUUUCACACGCCUCCAGUUGUCGCGCAUCCACCAUUUGCGAGUAUUCCCAAGCCCGAAACCCCGGCCUUGACCAAACCAACAGGCGGGGUAUCCCUCGUCGAGAGCACACCUAUUGCCGAAACGCUGAAGGUUCCUUACUUAUUUAUAGCGCACUGCUAUGUGCCCGUCAUGGGCACGACGAUCCCUCAUCUGAAAAAGAGGUUGAGGAUGUACGACUGGCGCGAUGUCCGUUGCGAUGAGACCGGAUACUUUAUCACUUUCGAACAAUCACGCAAUGGGCAAAUGGAAGCCAAAAAGGUCUUUCACGGCUGUCAUAUGCAGCCGCUAUUUACUUACGUGAUGAAUUUGGAACUACAUCUGAACGGCCAUCCCAAGGCACUUGGCUCGACAGAACAACCUCUACCGACUCCAACCGGACCUGUCGAUUUUGUGUAUUCAAAACAGGCUUAUAGACUGCGAAAGGAGCAUGACAUGGAUCUUGAAGAAGAGAAACGGCAACGUGCCAAGGACUUGGACCCUUCUCGGGCUGUUCUUCAGUUGGUCAUCCAAGAACUCAGGGAUAAGCUUCUGGAGGACGUCAAAUCAAGGAUAGCCGCUCCAAUUCUUUUCGACUACCUCGAUCCAAGUAGACACAUCGAAAGGCGCAGGGCUCUCGGCAUUGAUGACCCUCAGGGAUCGAGGAAAUAUGCACUGACUGACGAGGGCUCACGGACACCAGAUUCACGGUUGGGUACAGGCCUGAUGAACCGACGCCCGCUCAGCGGCAAGAAUCUCAACAUUUUAUCUUUGCCUAAGAUCGGCAAGAAGUCAGGCACACAGCGCGGGAUGGUCGGAUUCCGCGAUGAGAGGAGAAAAGCUCCUCCAGCGAGACACAGCGUUCGGCCUUUGUUCCACCAAUUGGCGCAAUUUCACGAUGAGGAGGAUUCGGAUGAUGAGCAGCGGACCACUAUCACGCGUGAUACCGAGGAUCUGGAGAGCCGUCCUGCGAGCCGCAUGAGCAUGACAUCGAUGUCUGAUGAUGACGAUGAGCUCCUUCGAAAAGCGACUAAACGUCGGUUACAUGCUCGAGAAGAGUCUGAGAUGGGUGAUAGUGUGGUCAAAGAAGAAGUCGAGGGCAAGACCACGGCGGAGGAGCUCAUCAUCGCUAAGCUUGAGAGGAAUAUCUAUGAAAUGUCUCCUUCCUCCAGGAAGCGUAAGAGGUUGGUACAGGAACUAGAAGCCCGAAAACGCCAGAAGGCGGACGAUGAGCUCUUCGGUAUUGGUCGGACCAACCUAGAGCGUGAAGGGUCAGAAGAGGUCAAGCUGCAGGAUGUGGAAACCCCUGUCGAAGGUACUCCAGACGUCGAGUCCGACGUGCCUAAGGCAGUUGUCAAGAAACCCAAGCCCAAGAAGAAGAGCAAGAAACAGAUCUUGGAGGAACAGGAAGCACUUCGGCAGGCACAAGCUGAGGCCGAAGCAGCUGAGGUCGUGGAUAAUGUUCUCGAAUUCGCCGAAGAGGAAGAAGCCCUUGCAGAAGCAGCCGAAUGGCGACCGGAGGUGGAGUGGGGCGUGUCAGCGGAAGAACCAUUGCCUACAGUCGACGACGACGAGGACAUCAUUCCUGAUCUCCGUGGAUGGCAGGCCAGCAUAUUCGAUGCCGAAGAUCUGGAGUAUCUGGCAUCAGCGCUGAAAACCAAGUCAGCAAUGGACAUUGGGGAUCCCAUGGCUUGGGCCUGGAAGCAGGAACAGAUCAGGAAUCUUAAGCCGGGGUCACAACCAGGGGCGUUGCGGACAGAGCCUCCGAUUGAAGGUUACUAUGUUCCAAAUACCUCGGGUUCCGCAAGGACAGAGCCCAUCAAGAAGAUCCUUGAGUCUGAGAAGUCGAAAUACCUGCCUCAUCGUAUCAGGGUGCAAAAAGCGAGGGAGAAGCGGGAAGCCGAGGCCAAAAAUAAUCCUUCGUCCUUCAAGCCGACCGUCGUCGAACUUCCCAAAGCAUCUUCUCGAGGCAAACGAGCAGACGACAGACGAACGAUCAAAGAUCUGGAUCGACAACGAGAGAUGCUGCAGUCAAUGGGUGAUGAUGCUGAUGUGCUGCGGUUCAAUCAACUUCAGAAACGGAAGAAGCCCGUGAAAUUUGCCCGGUCUGCAAUCCACAAUUGGGGUCUAUACUCUCUGGAACGUAUCCAAGCAAGCGAAAUGAUCAUUGAGUACGUGGGAGAGAAGAUCCGACAAGAAAUCGCCGACUUGCGUGAAAUCAAGUACACGGAAAGUGGCAUUGGCAGCAGCUAUCUCUUCCGAAUCGACGAAGGCACUGUGGUAGAUGCUACAAAGAAGGGCGGCAUCGCUCGUUUCAUCAACCACAGUUGUUCGCCCAACUGCACGGCCAAGAUUAUCCGUGUCGGCGGCACCAAGCGCAUCGUCAUCUAUGCUCUCAGAGAUAUCGAGAAAGAUGAGGAAUUGACUUACGACUAUAAAUUCGAGCGAGAGAUCGACAGCGAUGACCGUAUACCUUGUCUCUGUGGCUCCGCAGUCUGCAAAGGUUUCCUCAACUAGUGACCGGUUCAUCGAUACGUAAACGGAGCUAGCGGUAUAGCAAUGGACGGCGUCAGAAACUGGAAGGCAUCAUAUCCCUCUACCCUAUACAAAUGCAUGUGACAAUAAGAAGAGCAUCUUGGUCGGCGUUUUCAUUGUGCAACACACUAGGAGGUCUGUGAGGGGAAAAGCAUGGCGACGGCUUACAGUAUCUUGCAUUCAUGGGGGAUAACUUGGAUUGGUGGCAUCAGGCGACAUGGCACGUCUGGCUUCUCUCUUCAACAUCUUGAGGCGGCUCAGAAGGCAGGAAUCUGGAACUAAAGGGACGACGGCACGCCCGAAUGAUUGCGAAUCUUCUUUCAUGUAUUUGUAUAAUGGACCAUUCCCAGGCAGUGUGGGCUGGCUGACCUUGCCUGUCGCGAAGGGAUGGUUGCGUACAUAGUGUUAAUAUCCUGCUUUUGCCAGGAAUGGAACCGGAUA